AUGGCAGAAGAGACUGUCGAUUUCAAGCUUUACCGCUACAAUCCUUCGAUGGCGGCGGCCAUCAUCUUCAUCAUCCUAUUCUUCCUCAUCACAGCAUUGCACUUUUAUCAAAUGAUGCGAACCCGGACAUGGAUCUUCGUUCCUUUCGUUAUUGGCGGCGUUUUCGAGGUCAUUGGGUAUAUCGGGAGAGCCAUUUCCGCCCAAGAGUCGCCCAAUUGGUCCGUCGCUGUCUACUCACUCUCCACCAUCCUCCUUCUGGUUGCGCCCGCCCUAUUCGCGGCAAGCAUCUACAUGAUGCUCGGCCGCAUCAUCUUGGUGACCGACGGCGAGCCACAUUCACUCAUACCCAAGAAAUGGCUCACAAAGAUAUUCGUAACGGGGGAUGUAAUCUCAUUCAUGAUGCAGGGAGCCGGUGGGGGUAUAAUGGCAAGUGGCACCAUUGAAGCUGUGCAUACGGGAGAGAAGAUCAUUAUUGCUGGCCUAGUAGUGCAGCUUCUCUUUUUUGGCUUCUUUAUCGUCACCGGCGUCAUCUUCCAUGCCCGUAUGGUCCAACAGCCAACGUCAAAAGUAUAUUCCCAGUCGUUGCCAUGGGAAAGACAGCUGUAUGCACUCUACGUAGCCAGCUUACUUAUUCUCGUGCGAUGCAUCUUCCGACUCAUUGAGUAUGCCCAGGGUAACGACGGAUAUCUCAUAUCCCACGAGGUCUUCCUCUACGUGUUCGACGCUGUGCUCAUGUUCGCUACGAUGGUUUGGAUGGCUUGGGUUCAUCCAAGUGAGAUCACAGCGCUGCUCAGCAAGGGUCAAGGGAGGGCGGUGCGGCGAGUAAUAUCGGUUUAUUCCCUGCACUGA